AUGUGGCUAGUUAAAAUGAUAUUGCACCAAAUGGAUAUGAUUGAAAGAAGAUUUGGAGAUGAAAAGAGCAAUCUGUUGGAUGAGUUUGAGAGAGACUCCUUCGAGGUGCACGCGGCGCAGCUAAACAGAGCUAUGCUGCGACGAAGCCUAUCGGAACCAGGGCUGCAAAUGUCACAGACACGGCUCAUUGACAUGGCUCCAAUACCUCUGGUUAAUCAGGUGAUGCAAGGGCCUCAUCAUGGUAAUGGGCUAGGGUUUCGUUGUGUGAUGAAGAAAUUUCUCAAACCUAUUUUUGGUAAGAAGAAGUACUUGAGAGGAGGAAGAAAACAUGUAUCAUCGGAUCCUAAGGAUAUUAUGUUUUGUAAGGUCUUUAGCAGAUCACUGCGAUUCUGA